CUAUAUUGUUCUCUUAUUUUCACCAAGAGAAUUAAAAGAAUGAAAGUUUUAGAGAGAGGGGGCUUGUGGGUGGUGGUUGAUAGAAAAUAGGUAUGGGUGGGUCUUUGGGGCCCUUGGGAAGAUUUUUGUCUUGUGCUCAGCUGAGGGGAGCACUCAAGUGCCUCUUACAAAAAUUUCCUUGAGUCCUCCCAGAGCCCAUUUGCCUUCUUCGUAGCCCCUUGAGCUUUUACUAGCCAAGGAAUGUAGGACCAAACAGUACUAACUUUGUUUUUGCUUAGAUUUGGAUGAUUUGACUUCACAAGCUUGGUUAAGGAAAUUAAGAAUCAACAACAGUAACAAAAAGCUAUUAUUCUGAAAGUGAACAGGAGAGGAAACUGCUUAGGUCAAGCCAUUCAUCUUAAGACAACACCAUGCAGAAAUUAAAGAGGAAUCCUUUAUAUCGUCGGUUGGUAUACCAUGGAUAUAAUAAAGUUAUGAAUGCUUUCACAGACUCUAGAGUAUCCUCUGACCAUGAUAACAAGGGCUUACAGAAGAAUAAAGUGACACCAGUCUAUGUGGAAUCCAUCAAUGAAAUCUUACAGAAGAAUAAAGUGACACCAGUCUAUGUGGAAUCCAUCAAUGAAAUCUUACACCAGAAGGAUGUUACAUCAGUAUCUUAUGUAGAACCCUUCAAUGAACUUGAAGUUCCACCUGAAAUCAAAGCAGCAACCUCAUGUGAAUUCACCAAUGAAAAAACUGUCCUGCAUGAGUUGAAAUCAGUAUCCAGUGGUAGACUCACCGGUGAAAUCACUGCCUCAUCUGAAUUGACAACAGAAACUCAGGAAGAAGCCAUCAUUGAAAUCAUAUUUGGAAUUUUGCUGAUCUUUGUGGACUUGUCUCUCGUCAUUGUGGAACUAUUUGUCAUUGAAGUCAAAGAUUAUAUUCUUUUGGAAUAUCAUUCAAUUUCUUUAGUUAUUGCUUUAUUUUUUCUCAUGGAUGUUCUUCUUCGAGUAUAUUUGGAAGGGAAACAGCAUUAUUUUUCUGAUUUAUUCAACAUCUUAAAUGCAGUCAUUACUGGGGUAAUUCUGCUGGUUGACAUCAUUUACUUUUUUCAUGAUUUGAUGUUUAUUAGCGCUGCUCCCAGAUUGACAAUUUUAUUUCGACUUCUACGACUUGUCAUUCUGAUGAGAGUUUUUCAUUUGGCUUAUCAAAAAAGAUAUCUUGAAAAGCUGACUAGAAGGCUGGUUUCAGAAAACAAAAGGCGAUACCAAAAGGAUGGAUUUGAUCUAGACCUCACUUAUGUUACUGAUCGUAUUAUUGCCAUGUCAUUUCCAUCUUCUGGGAGUUGGUCUUUGUAUAGGAAUCCAAUUAAGGAAGUUGUCCGGUUCCUAGAUACCAAGCAUUCGGACCAUUAUCAAGUCUAUAAUCUGUGCAGUGAAAGAGCUUAUGAUCCUAAGUACUUCCAUUACAGGGUCCAGCGAAUCAAGAUUGAUGAUCACAAUGUCCCCACUCUGAAGAAAAUGUUAUCGUUCACCAAGGAAGUAGAAGAAUGGAUGGCUCAAGAUAAGGAAAAUGUUGUUGCAGUUCACUGUAAGGGAGGCAAAGGAAGAACUGGAACUAUGGUUUGCGCCUACCUUAUUACCUGUAGAUUGUUUCUAACUGCAAAGGAGAGCACUUAUUAUUUUGGGGAACGACGAACAGAUAAAACCAUCAGCACUAAAUUUCAAGGAAUAGAAACUCCCUCUCAGAAGAGAUAUGUUGGAUAUUUUGAAAAACUGAUGACUUUAUACAACAGGACUCUUCCUCCAAGAAAAAUACUCAUAAUAAAAAAAUUCAUUAUUUAUUCAAUUCAUGGAGUUGGUAAAGGCGAUGGAAGUGAUCUAAAGGUUCAGAUAAUAAUGCAGCAGGAGGCUGUCUUUUCCUGUUCUUCCACAAACUAUAUGGUCUUUCACGACAUUGAAUCAGACAGAGUAAUAAUUAAUAUAUUCAAUUGUCCAGCUCUGUAUGACGAAGUGAAAGUGAAAUUUUUAUCCUCGGAGCUUCCCAAGUAUUAUGACAACUGUCCUUUUUUCUUUUGGUUUCACACAUCCUUUAUACACAAAAACAGGCUUUAUCUACCAAGAAAUGAACUGGACAAUCUCCAUAAACCAAAAACAUGGAAAAUUUACAGUCCAGGAUUUGCAAUAGAGGUAUAUUUUGAUGAAAAUGAACCAGUCAUUCUGUAGCUGGAAUAUGAUUAAAGUGCACCUCCCAUUCUCAGACAGAAUCAUGUCUUCCCUGAUCCCUGCUACAUACUUUAUGUCUUCUAAGUCUUUGCUGGCAUAGCUAUAUUUAUACGUAUAUAUGUGCAUUUGUUUCUGAUAACACUAUUAAAUAUACAGAGAUAAAAUGUCAAUAGUGAUUUCUUUUUUGUUUUUUGAGACAGGGCAGCAG